AUUAUAUCCUGGAAAUAUUAAAAAAAAUAAAAAGUUAAAAAGAAUUUUGUCGUCAAGGUAGUUGGCCUAUUUAGUCCACACGCACACACAACACACACUAAUUGGCAUAAUUUUCUUUUAUUCACAAUUCAACCCAUUGAUUUCCAUUAAUUAUAUUUAUUCCCCAUUUUCCUCUUUUUCAUUUACGGUCACUCCUCGCUCCGGUUGUUGUGUAGUCUUGUAGAGAGCAAACCCCACGAUCUCUCUGCUUCAUUUUCUAUCUCAUCAAACUGAAUCAAACCCAUGUUUUAUAUUGGAAGGGAUAAGCACAUUGCCUAGGGCUUAAAAAAUUUGGUUUUUUCACAAUUGGGUUUCAGUUUUUAUUAAUGGGAUGAACUCAUGGACAACUCGGGCAACAACGACGAAGAAACUCGUUUUUUCGACGCACAAGAGCACAUAGAGCAAGAACCGGAUUUCGUUUCUGAUUGUCCCUUAAUUCGGAGUUGGGAAUAUGAUGUGUGGAUAAGUGCUCCCGAGAGUGUUAGUGAGCGAAGAAGGAAGUUCAAUAGAUGGAUGGAAAUCACCGUAGGCGAGUUCGGCGGAGAAAAUCGUGAUAUUAGUAGAAUGAUGGAGGAUGGUGGUGCUGUGCUAAGAACAUCGAUAAGUAUUGAAGAUGAAUUUUCUUCGAGCCGUUCGUCUAUGUCAAGUUGGAAUACAGAUGAUUCGAAUUCGCCCCGUGGGGUGGAUUCGAGCGAGUGUGGGAAUUGCAGUCGUGGUGGUGAAUUUGAUGCAGAUGAGAUUGCGGGAAACGAGGUUGAUAUGAAUAGACCAAGAACAAAGAAAAAUCUGAAAAAAUGGUGGUUGAGUAAAUUGCAUUCGUUGAGUUGUCUGACGAGUAAGAACGUGAUAGAUGAUAAUCUGGGCUCGGUUUGUUUGACUCAAGCUCAGGGAAGAAGAAGGGUUCGAAGAGUUAGGGUUCGUCGUAACAGAAAUAGGUCGAAAGAGCUUUCAGCCCUUUUCACAGGACAAGAUAUCCAAGCCCACGACGGUUCGAUUUCGGUAAUGAAAUUCAGUAACGACGGACGGUAUUUAGCAAGCGCAGGUGAAGAUAAGGUUGUCAGAGUGUGGCAAAUAACGGAAGAUGAGAGAUCCGAUACAACUGACAUACCAGUUUCGGAUUCUUCGUGUGUCUACUUCUCGAUGAAUCGGCUGUCUGAUUUGGGACCUCUAAUGGUGGAAAAAGAAAAAAAUAGCAAAUUCAAAAGUCUAAGAAGAACACAAGACUCUGCUUGUGUUAUCUUUCCUCCUAAAGUUUUCCGAAUUAUCGAGAAGCCACUGCAUGUUUUUCGAGGACACGUCGAUGAAAUCAUGGAUCUUUCUUGGUCGAAGAACAAUUGUCUGCUUUCGUCGUCGGUUGAUAAAACCGUUCGUUUGUGGCGAGUCGGAGUUGAUCGGUGCCUGAAGGUUUUUCAGCACUCUGAUUAUGUGACCUGCAUCCAAUUUAACCCUGUGAACGAUGAUUACUUCAUCAGUGGUUCGAUAGAUGGGAAGGUUCGAAUUUGGGCGACCGAUUGUUGUAAAGUUGUCGACUGGACCGAAACGAAAGACAUUAUCACUGCUGUUUCGUAUCGGCCCGAUGGUCAGGGUGGUAUUAUAGGCUCUGUAAACGGCACCUGUCGUUUUUUUGACUUAUCAGACCAUCAGUUCGAAUUGGGAGCUAAAAUGUGCUUAACGGGUAAGAAGAAGUCACCGUGCAAAAGGAUAACGGGCUUUCAGUUUUUACCGCAAGAUCCGAGCAAAAUAUUAGUCAAUUGUGCUGAUUCAAAAGUCAGAAUUAUCGACGGAACAAAUGUGGUUGGGAAGUACAAAGCAUUUUCAGGCCUUAGAAAUGGUGGAAACCAGAUUUCUGCUUCGUUUACUUCGGACGGGAAACACAUUGUAUCAGCAUCGGAAGAUUCAAAUGUCUACAUUUGGAAAUAUGCCGAUCAAGAAGAUUCCUCAUUCUUACAACCAAAAGCCGUUAAAUCGUUCGAGUGUUUCUCCUCUGACGCAUCUGUUGCCAUACCAUGGCCCGGCAUAAAAGCAAGCGGGCCCCACGAGAGUUCGAAUAAACCGCUGCCUUUCUCACUAUCCACUUCUUUAUCAUUAAGCCAAGAUUAUUUCUUGGACUCGAUUACCAAAGGGUCGUCGUCAGCGUACGCCACCUGGCCAGAGGAGAAGCUUCCGAUUUCUUCUAGUUUGAUGUCUGGAAUUAGCAAAUCCCAGUACAGAUUUUUCAAGAAUUCGUGCCAGAGUUCGUCCGACUCUCAUGCGUGGGGCCUAGUCAUUGUUACAUCUGGAUGGGAUGGAAGAAUUAGAUCGUUCCAUAAUUACGGUUUACCAGUAUCUCCUUAAGCCGAA